GCCCGCUGGUACUUGGCUGUGGAAGGAGCCACCGAGCUGGUGCCCGCCUCUGGGGACUCAGGGUCUCUCCACUGGGUUGUCUGAAUUUAUGACUCAAGGAGGGACCACACUGGCGGGCCAAGGAGAAGUGCUUGGAUUCUCUGGUGUCCCUGGCCAGCUGUCAUAGCUCUCAGGCUCACUCUUCCUGUCAGUGCUGUGAUGUUUCAGGGGCUUCUCCUGAAGCCCCUUGGGAGGCUGCUUCUUGCCUCAGGACCCCCACCCACUGCCUGCCUGUGCCAGCCACCUGGAGGAAGCCCUCCACUCCGUUGACGGAGGAGGCAGCAGACGUCAUAGAACUGCCAUUUAGGCCACAAGCUCUCCCUAAGCCUGCUCUGUGCCCAGCUCUGCUGAGCUGUGAGGACCUAGACGGGCCAGGGAGAUGGCUGCCUGGGAAGCCGUCAGGCGAGGGGAGAGAGAGACGCACACACAGAAAUGUGGACGGCAGGCACAAGACCGCUAGCAGACGAAGCAGGAUCUCGGCAUCUGGUGAGAGAGGUGGCGCUGAAUGACCUGAGGCUGUUCCAGAAUAAAGGUAUACACACAGCUCCGCUAUUGGCCUCCUGCUAGGCAAGCCAACAAAAGGAGCCCCCAGCAGGAAGCAAAGCUUUAAAUGAACAUGUGACCUCUCCGGGGCCCCCUGGGACCUGCCACCCACACUCACGUGGUUGGGGCCAUUCAGGGCUGUGGGUCCCAUGUGGACUGGAUGCCCAGCGUGAGUGUAUACCGUGAGGGCCUUUGUGCUCUCGGACAGCGUGGAGUGGUCAAGGAAGGCCUCCAGGAGGAAGAGGCGGCCCACCGCCCCAGGCAGCACAGUGCCUGCAGCUGCCUCUGGACGGAGGGACGGGAAGUGGCCAGAAGGGGAAGUGUGAGGAGUUCCCGUCCAGCCUGUCAUCAGUCUCCCCAGGUCUUGAAGCGGCGGCCCUGCUCCUGGCCGUGACCAUGGACCCUCUGGAGACCCCUAUCAAGGAUGGCAUCCUCUACCAGCAGCAUGUCAAGUUUGGCAAGAAGUGCUGGCGGAAGGUGUGGGCUCUGCUGUAUGCAGGAGGCCCAUCAGGCGUGGCACGGCUGGAGAGCUGGGAGGUCCGGGAUGGUGGCCUGGGAGCAGCAGGUGACAGGUCAGCCGGGCCUGGCCGGCGAGGGGAGCGACGGGUCAUCCGCCUGGCUGACUGUGUGUCUGUGCUGCCGGCCGACGGCGAGAGCUGCCCCCGGGACACCGGUGCCUUCCUGCUCACCACCACCGAGCGAAGCCAUCUACUGGCUGCGCAGCACCGCCAGGCCUGGAUGGGCCCCAUCUGCCAGCUGGCCUUCCCGGGGACAGGGGAGGCCUCCUCAGGAUCCACAGAUGCCCAGUCUCCCAAGAGGGGCCUGGUUCCCAUGGAGGAAAACUCCAUCUACUCCUCCUGGCAGGAAGUGGGCGAGUUUCCCGUGGUGGUGCAGAGGACUGAGGCCGCCACCCGCUGCCAGCUGAAGGGGCCGGCCCUGCUGGUGCUGGGCCCAGAUGCCAUCCAGCUGAGGGAGGCCAAGGGCACGCAGGCCCUCUACAGCUGGCCCUACCACUUCCUGCGCAAGUUCGGCUCCGACAAGGGCGUGUUCUCCUUUGAGGCUGGCCGUCGCUGCAACUCGGGUGAGGGCCUCUUUGCCUUCAGCACCCCGUGUGCCCCUGACCUGUGCAGGGCUGUGGCCGGGGCCAUCGCCCGCCAGCGGGAGCGGCUGCCAGAGCUGAACAGGCCCCAGCCCUGCCCCCUGCCACGGGCCACCUCUCUGCCCUCCCUGGACACCCCCGGAGAGCUGCGGGAGAUGCCACCAGGACCUGAGCCACCCAUGUCCAGGAGGGUGCGCCUGGCCGAGCCCGGACCCCAGAGCCUGCCGCUACUGCUAGGCCCGGAGCCCAGCGAUCCAGCGUCCGGGCUCUACGCCUCAGUGUGCAAGCACACCAGUGGGCCCCUAGGCAAUGAGCACCUCUAUGAGAACCUGUGUGUGCUGGAGGCCAGCCCCACGCUGCACGGCGGGGAACCUGAGCCACACGAGGGCCCCGGCAGCUGCAGCCCCACAACCAGUCCCAUCUACCACAACGGCCAGGACUUGAGCUGGCCCGGCCCGGCCAGCGACAGCACCCUGGAGGCCCAGUACCGGCGGCUGCUGGAGCUGGAUCAGGUGGAGGGCACAGGCCGCCCUGACCCUCAGGCAGGUUUCAAGGCCAAGCUGGUGACCCUGCUGAGUCGUGAGCGGAGGAAGGGCCCUGCCCCUUGUGACCGGCCCUGAACGCCCAGCAGAGUGGUGGCCAGAGGGGAGAGGUGCUCCUCGUGGGACAGGAGGGGUGGGCUGGUGGGCAAACAGUGGGCCCAUGCGGACACACGCCUGUGUCCACCCUGGCCUGCAGGAACAAGGCAGGCUGCCUGUGGAGGACCUCAGCCCUGCCCUGCCCUCCUCAUGAAUAGUGUGCAGACUCACAGAUAAUAAAGCUCAGAGCAGCUCCCGGCAGGGGCACUCACGGCA